AUGGAUCAACUUGAGCAAGAGGUCCACGAGCUUCGUGGAGAAGUAACAACACUUAGGGCUGAGGUAGAGAAGUUAACUAGCCUUGUAUCUUCAUUGAUGGCUACAAACGAUCCACCGCUUGUCCAACAAAGGCCUCAAUCACCAUAUCAGCCAAUGUGCCCUCAAAAGCCUCGACAACAGGCUCCUCGGCAGUCUAUCCCUCAGAAUCAGGUUCCUCAGAAGUUCAUUCCGCAAAAUCAGGUCCAAAAAGCAUCUCAGUGUGACCCGAUUCCUGUGAAAUAUGCGGAUUUGCUUCCCAUUUUGCUUAAGAAGAACCUUGUUCAAACCCUACCACUUCCUCGGGUGCCGAAUUCGCUGCCACCUUGGUAUCGCCCUGACCUCAACUGUGUAUUCCAUCAAGGGGCACCAGGUCAUGACACUGAGCAAUGCUACCCUUUGAAAGAAGAAGUUCAGAAGUUGAUUGAAAAUAACGUCUGGUCCUUCGAUGACCAAGAUAUAAAAGUGCUACUUCAACAACAACAUCUGGCUCCUCACUCUGUUGCCGCUGUUAGACCCAUCACCAAUGUUGUUCAAGAUCCGGGUUAUCAACCCCAGUUUCGACCAAGUCAACAACAGUAUCUGGAUUCUCACUCUGUUACCACUGUUUUGCCCAUCAUGAAUGUUGUCCGCAAUCCGGGUUAUCAGCCCCAGUUUCAGCAAUAUCAACAACAGCCUCGACAACAGGCUCCAAGAAUUAAAUUUGAUCCGAUUCCAAUGAAAUAUGGGGAGUUGUUUCCCUAUUUGCUUGAGAGGAACCUUGUCCAGACUAGGCCAACUCCUCCAAUACCGAAGAAAUUGCCGGCUCGAUGGAGACCUGAUCUCUUUUGUGUUUUCCAUCAAGGGGCACAAGGUCAUGAUGUUGAGCGCUGUUUUCUUUAA